UUAAAUUCUUGCACGACAGUGUCAGUUUCAAUUUUUCAUCUAAAACAAAACGUGUUCAUUUCGAGAGAGGGACUUUCGAUUCGAUCCCAGUGGACGGGUAUAAUGGAUUUGCCUAAUUUCCAUUUCCGAUUGAACACGGAAGAGCAUUUCUCUUUACCAAUGUCGGCCUUUUCCACCUACAAUCUCCUCAAAAAUUGUAAUUCAGUUCUAGCAUCUCAAACGCAAGAUUCGAGAAUAAAAUAUUUUUUAAAUCCCGAAACACAAUCGAAGUUUCCGUACAGCGAACCCGACAAACAAUUCCGCGAUACUAAAAAUCCAUCGCCCAAUCCCGCUAUAUUCCGGUAUUCGCCAACUUUAAGCUUCUUACCGGAUCAACUUCAAACAAAGAUUCCCCAGCAAUACUCUUCGUAUGAAUCGCUGAAAUUGCGAAGGCAAAGGGGCGAGAAACGGCCCAUUCCCGACGAACAAAAAGACGAAAGGUAUUAUGAAAAACGAAGGAGGAACAACCAAGCGGCGAAAAAGUCGAGAGACGCGAGGAAAUUCAGGGAGGAUCAGAUCGCUUUAAGGGCAGCGAUUUUGGAGCACGAAAACGCUAUUAUGAGAGCUCAGAUUCUCACGUUGAGAGAAGAAACCGCUUCUUUGAGGCAAAUGCUGCUGCAGAAGAAAUCCAUCGAAAUUGUAUCCAGAGAUCCUCAGUUGUGCGUUUCUUGAAUGUUGC